AUGGCUCAGGCAGAUUCACAGUCAAAUUCCCCUCACAAUGGCCUUGGAAAAGAGUCCGAAGACGAACCAACCCCCGAGGAUCCCACAUUUCAAGGAAACCAAUCCAAGUUCAUUUUCAGCGCCGAUGAAACCUCUCUUCGCUCCAAAAAGAAGCGGAAAGAUAAUGAAGGGGUUGACGAUGAUGAUGAUGAUGAGGAUGACGUUACCUCUGAGCGCAAGAAGAAUCCUGGCAGGCGAAAAAUAGACAUCGAAUACAUUCAAGACAAGAGCAAGCGUCACAUCACUUUUUCUAAACGUAAGGCCGGCAUCAUGAAAAAAGCCUAUGAGCUGGCGACGCUAACGGGCACUCAGCUACUACUACUUGUGGUAUCCGAAACUGGGAUUGUAUACACGUUUACUACGCCUAACCUCCAGCCGAUAGUCUCUGAUGAUCCUGGAAAAAGCCUGAUCUCGUCUUGCUUAAAUGACGGCGAAGCAGAGAUUCGUAUCGAACAAGAGGAUCCCGAGGAGGGGCCGGCCAAUCCAGCGGGCGCGGCUGAAGAACAUGAUUUGAUGGUCAUGCCUUCAAAUCAUCUCGUUCCAUCUGGCACUCUUCAGCAACCAAUCAGCGAACCCUAUCAUCCGGGAAGCCAAGAUGUCGCGUUGGCCAGCUCUUUAGCUACAAAUAACACGAUCCCCUUUUUCCAUGAGUCUUCUCAGCCGUUGUCCCAGCCAUACAAUUCGAUGUUUCUAAGUCCAUCAGACAUUCAGAAUGCAUAUCCCAAUCUGGGUUCACAAAUCGGCUUAUCCGCCUCAGAUAGUCUCGCCACAGUCCCCAGCCUCCAGAUCUGUCCUCCAGGACCAACCAAUCUGAAUCCGCAAGAAAACCAAUCGAUGUUUUCUAUGGACGGCUUCUUACAACUGGGGGAUCCGAGUGAAUGCCGUAAGAUCAAGAGACGCAGGACAGAAACGGACCUUCGUCAGCGGGCGGCGCUGUCGAGCCAAAGUGCAACCCCGCCCGCGUUGCCUAGCCAAUUCCCAUUUGACGCUCAGUACAACUCAUGGCUUGGAGCACCUGAUCCGAUUAAGAUAGGCUCAAUGCCCGGCAAUCGGUCUAACGUUUUCAAUGCCCCAACUUUCAAUACCGUUGCAUCGAGUUUCUUAUUCAAAGAGUCUGGGCAAUUCUACGGAGCUAUGGACUUGGAGUCUACCAACCAAAACCUUCAAACGCCGGUUGAGCAAAAUGUUGUCCUCUUCCUUGAUGCGUGUGAUCAUUAUCCUCUAGGAGACACAAGCCUUGAUUCAAGAAAGUGGCGCCAGGAACUGUUCCCUCCAAAGCAACUAUUCGCGGGGUGCUUGAAGUUUUUCUUCGAGGAAUAUUUGCCCCUUCUCAAACACGUGCCGUUGGAGGGCUUGGCCUCUUAUUGUGAGGAUCUACAAAAGCUAGUCCAGUUCUCAUGUAUCUUCUACGAGGAUCCCGAACAGGCCACGACAGAGCUCUGCGAAAUCAUCAAAAGCUCUUCGGGCGCAUACGUUCAGAAUAUGCACCUGGGUGCCCACAGCUCAACUUCUGCCCAAGGCGCGCCGGUUACUUCCCCUCUUCCAACCACCUUCAAUACGAGACUGAAAUGCGCACCAAAGCUGAAACCGAGGAAAGGAGUAAAUAUAACCCUCAGGGGAGGGCGUCUCCAGACCAUCUUGGAUGAAUACACGGAUUGGUGUCGCAAAAACAAAUCGAGUUGGUCUGGGAAUAAGCCGAACAGCCACGUCAAAGGAUGGUUGAAGAUUGAAAGGGUUCGGCGUACGUUUUGCUGUUGCACCUUCGUUGGAGAAAGUUCCAGCGAAGGAAUACCGGCGGUAUUGAAGAUCCGCUUUCCGGCAUCAGCCAUCAAAUUAAUCCGCAAAGAAGACAAAUUGGAGUUGGAGGUUCAAAACUCGGAUGAUGGGAGUGAGUGGAAUAUUUUCAACCAUUUCAACUUUGAGCUAUGCCCAGGAGACGAACAUGAAGAGGAAGAGUCCAACAUAGUAUCCGGUGAGGGAGCUGUGGAUCCAAGCAUCCUCCAAAGAAUCUGCGAAGAAAAGAAAUUGAAUCUUUUGGACGCCCAAAGAUGGAUCGAAAACCAACGCUUGAUGAAGUUAUAUAUAGAGGCGGGUGAUUUUGAAGAUGAUGGGUUUGAAAGUAAAGUGCCACCUAAAGGUGGCAAACAAGCUUUCAGGGUUAAAAAACCACCGAUUGCUGGACCCAAAACCAGUGAUUCCUCUCAGUUUGAAUUUGAAGAACUAGCCCACCUAAAAGCCUUGAAUUCUCCCCAUUGA